AUGUCGGGGGCUGAUUUAACCUGUGAGGAGUGUUUUUCUGCCCAUGACUCCAACAGCACGGAAUUGCACCCCGCACUUUCCACGGUGGACGACGAUGAACUUUUGCGAUACAUCUGGACGGAGUACCUGCACCCCAAACAGUACGAGUGGGUUCUCAUUGUGGCCUACAUCAUCGUCUUCUUCGUCUCACUCGUUGGCAACUCUCUCGUUUGUUUUGCAGUGUGGAAAAACCGCCACAUGCGCACGGUGACCAACUAUUUCAUAGUGAACCUCUCCUUUGCGGAUGUCUUGGUGACCAUCAUCUGCCUGCCUGCAAGCCUAGUGGUGGACAUCACGGAGACGUGGUUCUUUGGACAGACGCUUUGCAAAGUUGUGCCCUACCUGCAGACCAUCUCCGUCUCCGUGUCGGUCCUAACGCUAAGCUGCAUCGCGCAAGACCGCUGGUACGCCAUCUGCCACCCGCUGAUGUUCAAAAGCACCGCCAGGAGGGCUUGCAAGAGCAUCGUUGUCAUCUGGCUGGUGUCGUGCGUCAUCAUGAUCCCUCAAGCCAUCGUGAUGGAGAGCAGCAGUCUGCUGCCGUCGCUCACCAACAAGACCAGCUUGUUCACCGUGUGCGAUGAACAUUGGGAAGCCGAUAUCUACCCAAAGGUGUAUCACAGCUGUUUCUUCAUCGUCACAUACUUUGCACCUUUGUGCCUCAUGGUUCUGGCCUACAUCCAAAUAUGUCACAAGCUGUGGUGUCAGCAGAUUCCUGGCAGCACGUCAGUCAUGCAGAGGAAGUGGAAGACAAUUCAGUGCUCCGUCUCCACCCCCGGGCCGGGGGAGUCCGCGCGGGUCAAGACCAGCACGGUCUGUGCGGAGAUCAAACAGAUCCGAGCGCGCCGCAAGACAGCUCGCAUGCUGAUGGUGGUGCUCUUUGUUUUUGCUCUGUGCUACCUGCCCAUCAGUGUGCUCAAUGUUUUGAAAAGAGUGUUUGGGACGUUCAAGAACACCGAUGACAGACAGACGGUGUACGCUUGGUUCACGUUCUCACACUGGCUCAUCUACGCCAACAGUGCACUCAAUCCCAUUAUCUACAAUUUCCUCAGUGGCAAGUUCCGUGAGGAGUUCAAGGCCGCCUUUUCUUGUCACUGUUCCGGACAAGACCAAGACAGACCCAAGAGGACGAGAGCUCGGAUGAGCACGGACAGCCGAAAGUCGCUGUCAACCCAAGUGAACCACAUGGACAACGUGUCACGCAUAUCGGACCAGGUUGUGUAG